GAUUAUUUAUAAAUUGUUAUUUUUUGAUCCUAUCUCUAAACUAAUCUAAUUCUAAAACAAUACGACAUAAUAGGACACCCGUUAUUUCUUUUCUCAUUUUACUACAGUACAAGUCAUGACGCCAUGACAUCAUAAAUUAUACUAAUUUUCAGCAUUAUUCGUAAUGUGGAAAUUCAUUUGGCUAUUGUACAUUUAGUGUUUCUUGUGUAUCAAAAUAUUAAAAGUAUUGUGAUAAUUAUUAACAUAUAUAAAUAUUUAUAAUUCAUUUUAAAUUUAUUGAAACAAUGAUAUCUUUCAAAAUAUUAGCAAGUUGAUAUAAAAUAUUUAUAAAAUUACUAUAAAAUUACUAUACUAAAAACUAUAGUGAAAAAUAUAAAUCAUGGAUAAUAAUUGUAGUAUAACAAAACUUCCUCAUCAUAUACAACAAAAAUUGUGUAAUACACGACCUCCUUAUAGACAGGGAAAAAGAUUAACAUCUGUGAAGGUAGCAUUGUGAACUUGUUUAUACAAUAAAUGAUGAAUCAAAACACUUAAUGAUAUGUGGAGUACCAAAACUUCAAUUAGGUGAAGAAAUAAAAAAACUUGUUGAAUCUUAUGGUAAUAUAAAAAAAAUUCAUGUAGUUCAUGAUUAUCCCACAGAAGAGUUUACAGAAGCAUAUUAUAUACAAUAUGUUCAUAUACAAAGUGCAAGAAUAGCAAAACGAUUCAUUGAUGAUAAAAAUUUUUAUGGAGGUUCAUUACAUGUUUUUUAUGUACCUGAACUUGAAAGUAUCUCAGAAACUAAAGAAAAACUUCUUCAACGUCAAAAAGAUGUAAAUAUACGUAUAAAAAAAAAUCAACAAGAUCUAAAGAAUCCAAAUAUCAAUAAAUUUACUCCCAAAGAACAAUAUAAUAGAAGAAAGAGAACACCUGCUUUACCACUUACAAAAGAGCGUCUUAUUCAACAGUAUCCUGGAAAAACUUUAUCAUCUAUUUAUGAUGGUAUACCACAAAAUCUAGAUCCAAGACUAGUAUGUCAAUCCAAUCUACCAUCUACUUCAUUUGACUAUCCAAGUAAUGCAUCUAUAUUAAAAGUUCCUUACCAUUCAACUGAAGCUAUUAUUAAAACAAGUGUAACUAAAGAAACUACAUUAAAAUCAAAUUAUACUAAAAACAAAAGAAAAAAUUAUAAAGGACAAUAUAUUAAUAAUAAUGUAAAAGUUAGACUUGUUAAACCACAACUUGUAGAUACAAAUACUAUAGUAAAAUGGGAUAUUUCAAAUAAAAAUAUAUUUUCUAAUCCAAAGAAAAUUGAUAGUAAUAUAACUAUUAAAUUAAUACCAAAAAAUGAUGUUGAGAAAAAAAGGAUUAUAAUAAAAGAUCCAAGUGUAUCCCAGUUGGUACAACCAAGUGAAAAUCUACAAUUAUCAAUUAAAGAAGCUAAAUCGCAAAUACGAGCGGCCAUGCAAAUGAAUAACAAGGAAAAUCCAUGAUUUUAUAUUAAAAUAU